GCUGCCUAGAGAUAAAAGGGUUGAAAAAAUAGAUUUAGCUUAUGUCAGUCUUUGUGGUGAUGUCAUUGCCAUGAGAGAUGGAAUAGCGCUGUUACUAUGCUGUGCCUGCUCAGUUGGUGGGUGUAUGAGGGAAAGGCAAGGAGCAACUCAGUUAAGUGCAAAGAGCUUGUGUCGGAGGCUUGCAGUUAUUGUCAGCACUGAAACAGAAUUUUGGACUGAACUGAAGAUUUUUUUUUUUUUACAUUUUAAAUUUUUUUUUCUCCUUCUGACUGUUACUCUGAGGUUACCUAACUCUGUGUACAAAAGGGGGGGAUGCCAGCUCGUAGCAUGGACUGUGAUGUCUCCACUCUGGUUGCCUGUGGAGUUGAUGUGGAGAUUUUUGCCAACCAAGAGGUUAAGGAAAAAUUUGAAGGCUUGUUCCGUGCCUAUGAUGACUGCGUGACAUUCCAGCUGUUUAAAAGCUUCAGGCGUGUGAGGAUAAAUUUUAGUAGUCCUAAAUCAGCUGCUCGUGCCAGAAUAGAGCUGCAUGAAACACAGUUCAGAGGGAAGAAGUUAAAGUUGUAUUUUGCACAGAUUCAGACCUCUGAGACAGAUGGAGACAAGCUUCAUUUGGCACCACCACAGCCUGCAAAACAGUUUCUCAUCUCGCCUCCAGCCUCCCCACCUGUAGGGUGGCAACCAAUAGAUGAUGCAACACCUGUCAUCAACUAUGACCUCCUUUAUGCAGUUUCUAAGCUAGGACCAGGAGAGAAAUAUGAGCUGCAUGCAGGAACAGAAUCCACUCCCAGUGUGGUAGUGCAUGUCUGUGACAGUGACAUGGAAGAUGAUGAGGACCCAAAGAAUUCGCCAAAGCCAAAAAUCAUUCAAACUCGACGCCCUGGUCUGCCACCUCCUGUAUCUAACUGAGCCUCUUCGGCAGAAGCAGCACUUCUCUCCUCCAGCACAGCUCUUGGUUUUUGUUUGCUUUGUUUUGUUGAAAGGCAUCCAUUGCCUUUUGAGUACCAGGACAUUAAACUCGUUGAAAUCCCUUCACAGUAAUCAAGCCUAUGUAAUUAAAGGGCUAGGAAAAAGAUCUUUGUAUAUGUAACCAUAUCACACACCAACUAAUAGUUUUUCCUGGAAAGGACAAAACAAGGCUGAAAAAAAAACAAGGGAGUAGAGGAUUCAGUCUGAGGAUUUUUUCAUGGCUGUACGUUGCAUGCUGAAACACCACUACCAGAGAGAUCAUUCAGGGCAGGCAAUUAGUCUGAUACCAGGUUUGAUAUUCAAACUCCCAGAAUACUUGCUACCGCCCUUCAUAAAGCAGCCUGCUCCUCUGACCUCCUCAGUUCCACAGCAGACCUUUGUCUUUUUCCUUUGUUUUCUGGUUUUGUUUGUUUUUAAGGAGGGUAUCUGUGUCGUUUAUAAUCUCCUAGUAGCUUGGUGGCCUUUUCAUCCCCCUGGAAUUUUCUGUAAAGAAUACUAUAUUUGCAACAUUUUUAGAAACAGCAGAAAAAUGCUCUCUUCCACCAACAGCUGUAGAGUACCCUCAUCCUUAAUGGUGGCAGGAAUGUGAGACCAAGCUCUCUGGGCUAAGGAGGAGAGGCAGCAGCUUGCUGGAGAGGCUGGUGUGCUUCACUUCUCUCUAAAGAGGAGGGAGCCAGAAUAUCAAUAUCAAUUCUAUCUUCCAUAAAGGUAUGAGUGGUACUUCUCUCUGAGUUUGAGGGAAAAAGAGAAGCUAACUGACUGCUCAUUUUAGAUGGGAUUUAUUGCUGUCAUAGCUCUAACAAUGAUGCAGGUUGAAUGCUUUGCUAGUGGUGUGUUGCAUAGCCCUGAAACUGUUGGCAAUUAAACAUAGAUCUCUAAUAUUCAGACCUUUUCCUUCCCUACUUCCUGUACUUUAAAGCCCUUUUUGAGCUGUAUGCAGUUUGGGUUUGUGGAGGUGAGGGGAGGUGAGGAGUUGGAUAGUUGGUGAGUUUUUGUUCUUGGUUGGUUGGUUUGUUUGUUUGUUUUCUCUCUUGUUUUUUAGGCCAAAGAAAACAGGACCAUAAUUAGACACUUGAAAUUAGACUGCAUGCAACUGAAUCCCCUUUUUUCACUCUGCCCUGCAUGUUUCUUUCACUUGCAAUGUGUACUGGGUUACAAAAGUUGUUCUGUGCUCUGAUCAUGGCUGACAGCAUACAGAGAGAGGAGUCUGUCUCUGGCAGACCUACCAUGAUGAUUUUUUUAAGGCGUCCUUGUCAUUUUGAGAACAUCUUUUCUGGACCUUUGAGCUCAGAUUUUGCAUAUAUUUAAGCAUGCACUUAUUUUAUGCACAUGAGUAGUUCCACUGAUAUUAAUACCGCAGAAAAGUGAGUGUGUGUGUAAGAUAGGGCAGGAUUUUGAAGCUAAUUAGCUGCAGCUGUACUCCCAAAGUGAUUGAAAUGGCACAGCCAAAUUUCAUGGUUUAAAAUCCUUUACAAGUUAAAAUAAGUAAAUACAUCUUGGAAGCUCAUUCUAGGAUCUAAAAGUCAGCUUAGGAUCUGUAAUCAAGAUUUUUGUCAUAAAACCUAAUGACCUGGGUUCUGAGGGAGGGUU